AUGCAUGGUGACUUUGCAGUCUCUGCAACAGACUUGAAAGGAAGAGGAAGAUUGAGCUUCGAAACUUUACGUGAAUUCUUGUCGAAUUUCUCGCUUGAGUCUUUUGGACUCGGUCAGAACGAGAGAUGUGGCCUGCUUUUGCCCAAUGGUCCAGAGCUGGCUCUGUGUAUACUGAUGUGUUUAAACCGAUACUGCUGUGUUCCAAUCAACAAUCAACAAACUGUAUCUGAGAUUCAAUCCGAGCUCCAAGGAACACGAUGCAAGUUUUUGAUUGUUCAUCAGGACGAGUCCGAUGCCAGGGUGCAGGAGAUCGUGUCAACAACAGACAUCAAGGUCCUCAAACUCCUGCCAGAUCCGUCGACAGUGGGACUCUUUACAAUUGUGAGUCUUGAUGACGAUCAAACUGAUGAAAGAUCGAGAAGCGAUGAACCUCGAGCCCGAUCAGCUGCAAGAUACAACACCCCCGAGCAAGUUGUUCUUGUCCUGCACACUUCUGGCACGUCUGGGAAGAAGAAGAUGGUUCCUUAUUCUCUUGAAACGCUCUGUAUUGGAGCAGCCUGCAUCAUUCGGUCAUGGGGGUUGACUCCGACUGAUGUUUGCCUCAAUAUGAUGCCGCUGUUUCAUGUUGGAGGAAUCACUCGAAACGUGUUAGCAGUGAUCCUUUCGGGCGGGGGAGUGAUCUGCGCUCCGGCUUUCGACGCUGUUGCUUUUUGGAACUGUAUGGAGGAGCAGAAGGUCACCUGGUACUAUGCAGGGCCAACUAUGCACACCAUGAUCCUCGAAGAGAAGAAAUCAAGAAAUCUCAGUGAUUCAGCAUGCAAACUGCGGAUGGUAGCAAAUGCCGCGGGAGGGCUCCUUGCUUCACUAGCGCAAGACAUGAAAGAUAAUCUUGGCUGUGUCGUACUGCCCAGCUAUGGAAUGACAGAGUGCAUGCCCAUCUCCUCGCCCUCCUGUGAGUACAACUUGGAUCAUCCUUCCUCCAGUGGGCAGAUCGCGGGGCCUUCAGUGCGAAUCCUUGACGAUGAGGGGAAGACAUUGCCUGUUGGGCAUGUAGGGAAUGUUUGUUUGAAGGGAGCCCCUCUCAUGCUCGGCUAUGAAAACGAUGAUGCAGCAAACGCCUCGUCCUUCUUCCCGGGAGGAUGGUUCAACACGGGGGAUAUGGGAUAUCUGGAUGAGGAGGGAUGGAUAUACCUCACAGGGAGAUCAAAGGAGGUUAUCAACAGAGGAGGAGAGAUUAUCUCGCCCUUCGAGGUGGAAGAGGCGGUUGUCAAGCAUGAGCGAGUCAAGGAGGUCAUCGCGUUCUCAGCUCCUCAUGACGUCCUGCAGGAGGUGGUCGGUGUUGCCAUUGUCUCUGUUCCCGGCGUCCCCCGUGUAGAUCUAGCUGGACUACAGAGAUUUGUUGCUUCGACUCUUCAUCCUGCGAAGUGGCCGCAAGUUGUUGUCUUCAUGGACGAGCUCCCUAAGGGGCAGGCGAACAAGGUCCAGAGGAUUCGGCUCUCCAACAGACUUGACAUGAAGCCGAUCGAUGAUCGUACAAGUCAAAAUUUCCGCAUGUUUGAGGCAGCAUGUCCACCGAGAGGCAGCGGCCUCGACAUAAAGAUUCCGAUGCGUCAGAUCGACAUUGACUUGCAGCAGGUGAUGAGUAUGAUAGAGCAUUCUCUCAUCAUGUCCAUCCCCAAACCCGAUGGGAGCGAUCCUGUGGUGCUCUACGUUACUCCUGAGAACGUGGACGUGCACAAGCUGAUGAAGGGACUGCAGAAGCACCUCCAUGAUUACUUGUUGCCGAAGCAGAUCAUCGCACUGGACAAGAUCCCAGAGGACUACAACCAGCUCAAGAAGCCCGACCUGUUGGAUGGAGGGGAUGACUACUCCCCGCCUUCCAACGACACCGAGCGAGAGAUCCAGAGCAUCUGGGAGAAGCUUCUGGGCAAGAAGUGCAGCAUCAACGCGGACUUCUUUGAGUCAGGAGGAAGUUCCUUGCUCGCGGGAAGGAUGGUCGCGCAGAUCCGCCGGGUGAUGGACGUGCCUCUGACAGCUGCGUCCAUCUUCUCCAACAGGACCAUCUCCUCCUUGUCAAGCUCUGUCAACUCUCUCAGGACGCAGCUUGGCAAGGGCGAGUUUCAGGCAUCUUGCGUAGAUGAAGCUACGAAGGAGCAAGAACGUCUGCGAGCGUUCUCUCAGACUUCUUUCUUCGCCCUCACCGUGCAAGCUCUGCCUCUCUCCCUCAUCUAUCCUCUUCGAAGAGUUUCGACUUGGAUCCUCUUCGUCGCUCUCUGGGUCAGUUUACAGCAGGCUGGAAUCAACCGUCUCGCCGGCCUCAUCCUUGCCUUGGCCAUUGGACGCGUCGUGUCGGGAGUUUUCUUUCCUCUCUUUGCUGUAAUUUGCAAGUGGAUCAUUAUCGGAAGGUACAAACCUGGGAGAUAUCCGCUAUGGGGACAAUACUACUUGCGGUGGUGGCUGGUCGAUCAAAUUCAUCUCUUGUGCGGUAGGGGCGUCUUUCGAUACAACUCAGCAACUCUUUGCUUCUAUUAUCGCAUGUUGGGAGCUAAGAUCGGUAGGAAAGUCGCGAUUGAUCAUCGAGCGAAGCUGGCUGAAUUCGAUCUGAUCGAAAUAGGAUCGAACUCCUGCAUAGACAACAUCAGCGUUCGCUCCUUCUGCCUCGACAAGGGGUGCAUGGUGCUCGCCCCCGUCCACAUAGGAGAGGAGGUCUGCAUUGCUAGCAAAGUCGCCGUCGUGCCAGGGAUCGCGAUCCCGAGUAAGACGUGUUUGGGUCCGAAUUCUUCCUCCUAUGACAUCACGCCUGCCUCCAUCGGCAGCGUCCAAGACAAGAUCUGCUGCAGGGUGACAUUUGCGAAGCCAAACUUUCUGUGGAGGGUGUACGGUAGGCUCAUUCUCUGGAUGGUAUGGAUCUUUGAGCAGCUUCCCGUCCUGCUUGUUCUCCGCCUGAUGGUCUUGUACUCGUGGUAUGUUGCCGAGCUCGACACCUACUGUGACGUGCUCCUCUGGUUCUUGACGCCCGAGAGGAUCGGGUACUACCUGGCGAUCCGGGUGGUGCGGACGACGGUGCUGCCUUUCUUCCGUCUCUUUGCCGUCAUCUUGGUCAAGAAGGCAGUGAUAGGCAAGUUCACACCUGGGAAGCGCAACGCGACGCAGUUUGAGACGUUUCGGCACUGGCUGAUGGGGGAGCUUUUCCCGGGAGAGCGGCUGCAGGAGAUCGGACAUCUGAUCGGCGUCCAUUACGGGGGGAUCAGCCGAAUCCUGCGGGUGCUGGGGGCUAAGGUGGGAGAUCGAAUCUACUGGCCGGGGAGUUUGUUCGAGGGGCUGGUGGAGUACGACCUGCUGGAGGUGGGAGACGACGUGGUGUUUGGGAGCCGGUCCAUCAUCAUGACGGCAGAUGCGGAGGACUGCGCUCCUAUCCGCAUCGAAGCUGGAGCCAACGUGGGGGAUCGAUGCGUGCUCCUUCCUGGCUGUGUGAUAGGCCGCAACGUUGUCUUCGGGUCCGGUGGGCUGGCCAUGAAGAACACCGAGUACGAGGCUGGUUCCAAGUGGGUAGGGUGUCGGUUUGGCAAGCCGAUGCUGCUGGAGGCAGGAGGAGAAGCUGCUGCUACCGCCAGCACCCUUCGCCCCUUCGGCAACGCCUUUCACCUCAAGAACGCCUCCUAUGUCGUCUAUCCCGGAUGGGUCCACGCGCUCAACGGCUGCUUCUGGCGAUGCUUCGCCGCCAUGUACCGGUCGCUUCCCAUCAUCGCAGGUUUCGAGCUCACGGCAGAGUUCCUGGGGAGGAGCACGCUCGUGGUCGUGGACUACAGCCUGUGGGAUAUCGGGCUAAGGAUGGUGCCAACCUUCAUCGUCAUGCAGAACUUGUCGACGGUCUUGUCGCUCUCCCUCGCCACUCUCAUGAAGUGGUUCUACAUCGGUCGGAGGCGCGUCGGCGUCUACAACUGGGACACCUCCUCCUACUGCCAGCGCUGGCAGCUCUACCUCUCCGCCACCGUCAUCAUCCGCCAGGCGUACUUCGGCAACGGGAUCCUCGAGUACCUUCACGGCACAGCCUUCCUCGUCUGGUUCUUCCGCGCCCAUGGCAGUCACAUCGGCCGCAACGUCUGCCUCUACCCCACCGGCGCUGACCCCAUGAUGACUGAGCCCGAGCUCGUCGCCAUCGGCGAUGGUGCUUCCGUCGACAGCGCGUCGCUCAUCGCCCACAUCAACAGCCGCGGGCAUUUCACUCUGAACCAGGUGGUUGUCGGGCCCGGAGCCACCUUGAGGAGCAACUCGAGGCUGCUCAGCGGCGCCGCCAUGAUGCCGUACAGCACGCUCCUCGAGCACACGCUGAUCAUGGGCGGGGACGUGGUGGACGAGGGGAAGACGAUGCAGGGAUGGCCGGGCGAGCAGGUGGACAACAACUUCUGGAGUAUGAAGGCCAUGGGCAUCUGGAGCUCAGCGCCCAAGUUCCUCUACGGCUCUAAGCACCACCGCACGCAAAAUCCGUUUGCGCCUGUCAGGAAACUUCACUCGGUGGUGUGAGGGAGGAGGAGGAGGAGGAGCAUCUAACAUGUUAUGCAUGAAUCUUCUAGUAAAGCUCAGGAAGCAACUGACAA